UCCUUCUUCACUCUGCAGCUCACUUACCUAGAGCUACUCACGACGCCCCUUCUUAAGCAAACAAAUGGCUCUGAAAUCCUUUAUUCAGGUACAUCCAGAUUCUCACUUCCCUAUCCAGAACCUUCCCUAUGGAGUUUUCAAGCCUCAACCGACUUCGCCGCCUCGACCCGCUGUCGCAAUCGGCGAAUACGCUCUGGACCUCUCCGAGAUUGCUCUCGCCGGCCUUUUCGACGGUCCGAUUCUCAAAGGCUCCGAUUGUUUCCUUCAGCCUAACUUGAACAAAUUUUUGGCCAUGGGAAGGCCGGCGUGGAAGGAAGCUCGUGCCACACUUCAAAAGCUAUUGUCAUCUACUGAACCUGGAUUGCGUGAUAAUGAAAGUUUGAGGCAGAAAUCACUUUUGCCAAUGAGCAAGGUGGAAAUGCUUCUGCCUGUUGCCAUAGGGGACUACACGGACUUCUUUUCUUCGAUGCACCAUGCAAAGAAUUGUGGAACUAUAUUUCGUGGACCGCAGAAUCCUAUUCCAGCAAACUGGUUCCACCUUCCUAUUGCAUAUCAUGGACGAGCAUCAUCUAUUGUUAUAUCUGGAACAGAUAUUGUGAGACCAAGAGGUCAAGGCCAUCCAGCUGGAAAUUCCCCACCUUAUUUUGGACCUUCCAUGAAGCUAGACUUUGAGCUAGAAAUGGCUGCUGUUGUUGGCCCUGGAAAUGAACUGGGUAAAGCUGUGGAUGUUAAUGAAGCAGGAGAUCAUAUAUUUGGACUUGUAUUAAUGAACGACUGGAGUGCUAGAGAUAUUCAAGCAUGGGAAUAUGUGCCUCUUGGGCCUUUUCUUGGAAAGAGCUUUGGUACUACAAUAUCCCCUUGGAUUGUAACACUUGAUGCUUUGCAGCCUUUUGCUUGUGAUGCCCCCAAACAGGAUCCCCAUCCAUUGCCAUAUCUAGCUGAAAAAAUAUCCAAAAACUAUGACAUUUCACUGGAGGUCCAAAUUAAACCAGCAGGACAAGAGGAUCCAUGUGUGGUCACAAGAAGUAACUUCAAGAACUUGUAUUGGACAUUAACUCAACAGCUUGCCCACCAUACAAUCAAUGGUUGCAACCUAAGGCCAGGCGAUCUGCUUGGAACUGGGACAAUCAGUGGACCUGAGCCAGAAUCUCUUGGAUGCUUGUUAGAACUAACAUGGAAUGGACAAAAACCAUUGUCAUUAAAUGAAGCAGCACGAACAUUCCUAGAAGAUGGAGAUGAAGUCAUUUUCAGUGGUUAUUCCAAGGGAGAUGGCUACAAUGUUGGGUUUGGAACAUGCUCUGGAAAAAUUCUUCCAUCACUUCCAUGUUGAAAUUGCUGUUCAUUGUCUGUUGUGUUUUCUGUAAAUCCUUUUCUUCAAUUUUCAAUGUAGUUAAUGAAGCUCAUAUCAAACUGUAUGCUGUUUAAUUGCCAAUAACUGUUUGUUGAAAGCCAAAUUGUAUGCCUACAUGAGGAUGACAACUUUGUAGUUAUGCAGGCUGAAAUGGUUGUGACCAUUAUAUUUCUCAGCA